UAAAUCGAAACGUAGAGAAUUACAAUCUGUAGCAUGAAAAGUCAGCUGUUGACAGAUGGGUGAAUGAUGAAUUCGUAUUUUGAUGGUGAACUGGUAUAUUAGUCAAAUAGUUUAAUAGUUUUAAUAAAUUACUUAGAAAUGGCUGAAAUACAGACACUUAUCGAAAUGGGAUUUUCGAAAGAUCGGGCGGAGAAAGCCCUAGCGGUAACGAACUAUAAGGGUGUAGAGCCGGCCAUGGAAUGGCUUCUGGCUCAUGCUGAUGACCCUGCAAUGGACUCUGGUGCGACUAUUGGCACUUCCUCGAGUAUGGAAGCGGCGCCGGCCGCCCCAGCCGCGGAAUCUUCCUCUUCAUCUCAAACCGCAGCCAGUGCGGAGCCAGAACCUGAAGCGAAGUCAUUUAAAUGCGAUGUUUGCGGCAAAUUGCUCAAGGAUCAGGAUGAAAUGGAGUACCAUGCCGCAAAGACUGAUCACAGUAGCUUCUCUGAGUCUACUGAAGAGAAGAAACCUCUGACUGAGGAGGAAAAGAAGGCUCAAUUGUUGCUGCUUGAAGAGAGAAUGAAACAGAAAAGAAAAGAGAGAGAAGAAAAGGAAAAGGCUGAAGCUUUAGAACGUGAGCGUAUCCGCAUCAAGUCUGGCAAGGAGAUGCAAGACGCCCGCCAACGACUCCAGGAACAGGAGAUGCAGAAGUUAGUGGAGCAGCGCCGACGUGAAAAGAUUGAGGAUCAGAAGGCCAGGGAACGAGUCCGUGCUCAGAUUGAAGCUGAUAAACAGGCUCGGAAGUUAGCAGCCGGUGGACAGCCUCCAGUAGUAGUGGCUCCUGCAGCAGUGGUCCCGCCUCCAAGUGCCCCGGCACCUAAAGUAUCAUACGAGCAGGCACGCAUACAGAUCAGACUACCUGAUGGCAAAGCACUCGCACACACAUUUGGUGCUAAGGAACAGCUUGCUGCAGUCAGAUUGUAUCUACAAAUGAAUGCCGCUGAGUAUGCUCAACAGGACAAUUUCAAGAUGAUGACGACAUUCCCCAAGAAAAUCUUCACGUCAGAGGAUUACGACAAGCCUUUGGAUUUAUUAGGUCUAGUACCGUCAGCAGUAAUAAUUGUGUCGCGGGGACCGCAGUGAGCAGCCAAAUAAUUUAUAAUAAAUUAUUAAGUGAUAUGCCGACAGUACUGAUGUCAGUUUAUAAUCUGCAAAGGGUGGGGGAGGUCACAAAACUUUAAUUGAUUUAUUCUCAAAGACUUGCUGGAAAUAAAGUCUGUGUUGUAUA